GUGGAGGCGGCAGGGCUGGGCCCCGGCGGGUGACAGCGAGCCUCUGGCCCCGGAAGGCGGGGCUCCUUGUGCCGGUUGGCCAGGACUGACCAUGCCAGCGCCCACGCGGAGGGCGGGGUGGGGACCCGGCGGGGCCCGGCAGCGCCCCGAGCUCGGACCCUCGGCGGGGGCGGCCCCGAGAGCAACCCUGCGGAAACCGUGACCCACCUUCACUGCCUCAGUCUCCGACCGUCCGAAGGUCACCGAGCGCUCCUCCCCCUGCGGCAGGAAGUCUUGGCGGCCCCCACGCCCACUCCCGGCGUGGCCGUCGCGUCCUUCUCCGUAACGCUCGGUUUUCGCCUCUCUCACUCGGUUUCCCUCAUUCGUUGACUGUUGCCGCAGGUGCAGGCCCGAGGCACAUAGUAGGAAAGGGGCGGGCCAGGAGCUGCCUUCAGACUAUUUUCAUUCUGUUGGGAUCAGAAAAUCAGAGACAGAUGCACGCGGUGGUUUCAGAGCCCGAUAAACGCGUGAAGGAAUGAAGUAGCGUGAGGGCAGGGGGCACCCGGAAGAAGUGACAUUCGAGCAGUGGAGGAGCCGGGGUGACAAGUUCAAAGACCUUUCUCAAGAGAAGGCUUAGUGCUUUGGAGUGACUGAAAGAAAGGUAGCGUGGAGUGUAGACAACAGGCGAAUUAACGGACUGUGAUGAGGCCGGGAGGGGUCUGUGUCCUCCAGGCCUUCGUGGGCAAGGACCCCUGAUAGUCCAUCUCCAGCCUUGCAGGGCACCAUCUGUUGCAUGUUACAGUCACCCUGUCAGUGUUUGAGGAAUGAGUAUGUGAAGGUUAACAAGGAAACCUUUGGUAUGGACUCAUUCACCUGAUAACCUUUCAGUGCCCUUUGGCCAAGUGGGGGCCAAGUCCCCUUUAGUCGCCUUAUUGGGCAUCUGCCCUUCCCCAGACACUAAACUAGGUCCCAGCAGCACGAAGCAAAAAAGAGAUGGAUUAGCCCAGUGCUUUCAAAUUUGGAUUGAAGCUUGAUUCUGCCAUUGACUAAUAAGGAUGUUGGUCAUGUUAUGGAACCUGGAGAGGUUCUCCAAUACAACACAUGAGGGUUUCAAUGUCACCCUCCAUACCACCCUGGGUGUCACGACCAAACUGGUGCUCCCGACCCCUGCCAAGCCCAUCCUCCCCGUGCAGACGGGAGAGCAGGCCCAGCAGGAGGAGCAGUCGAGCGGCAUGACCAUUUUCUUCAGCCUCCUUGUCUUAGCUAUCUGCAUCAUAUUGGUGCAUUUACUCAUCCGAUACAGAUUGCAUUUCUUACCAGAGAGCGUUGCUGUUGUUUCUCUAGGUAUCCUCAUGGGGGCAGUCAUAAAGAUCAUAGAGUCUAAACAACUGGCAAAUUGGAAGGAAGAAGAAAUGUUUCGACCCAAUAUGUUUUUCCUCCUCUUGCUUCCACCUAUCAUCUUCGAGUCUGGAUACUCAUUGCACAAGGGUAACUUCUUUCAGAAUAUUGGUUCCAUCACUCUAUUUGCUGUUUUCGGUACAGCGAUCUCUGCUUUUGUAGUAGGUGGAGGAAUUUAUUUUCUGGGUCAGGCUGAUGUCAUCUCUAAACUCAACAUGACAGACAGUUUUGCCUUUGGCUCCCUAAUAUCUGCUGUUGACCCCGUGGCCACUAUUGCUAUUUUCAAUGCGCUGCAUGUGGACCCUGUGCUCAACAUGCUGGUGUUCGGAGAAAGUAUUCUCAACGAUGCAGUCUCCAUUGUCUUGACCAACACAGCUGAAGGUUUAACAAGAAAAAAUAUGUCAGAUGUCAGUGGGUGGCAAACAUUUUUACAAGCCCUUGGCUACUUCCUCAAAAUGUUCUUUGGCUCUGCAGCACUCGGCACUCUCACUGGCUUAAUUUCUGCAUUAGUGCUCAAGCAUAUUGACUUGAGGAAGACACCUUCCUUGGAGUUCGGCAUGAUGAUCAUUUUUGCCUAUCUGCCUUAUGGGCUCGCAGAAGGAAUCUCACUCUCAGGCAUCAUGGCCAUCCUGUUCUCGGGCAUCGUGAUGUCACACUACACGCACCAUAACCUCUCCCCGGUCACCCAGAUCCUCAUGCAGCAAACCCUGCGGACCGUGGCCUUCUUGUGCGAAACAUGUGUGUUUGCAUUUCUUGGCCUGUCCAUUUUUAGUUUCCCUCACAAGUUUGAAAUUUCCUUUGUCAUCUGGUGCAUAGUGCUCGUACUGUUCGGCAGAGCCGUCAACAUCUUCCCUCUCUCCUACCUCCUGAACUUCUUCCGUGAUCAUAAAAUCACCCCAAAGAUGAUGUUCAUCAUGUGGUUUAGUGGCCUGCGGGGGGCCAUCCCCUACGCCCUGAGCCUGCACCUGGACCUGGAGCCCAUGGAGAAGCGGCAGCUGAUCGGCACCACCACCAUCGUCAUCGUGCUUUUCACCAUCCUGCUGCUGGGCGGCAGCACCAUGCCCCUCAUCCGCCUCAUGGACAUCGAGGACGCCAAGGCGCGCCGCAGGAGCAAGAAGGACGUCAACCUCAGCAAGACAGAGAAGAUGGGCAACACCAUCGAGUCUGAGCACUUGUCGGAGCUCACGGAGGAGGAGUAUGAAGCCCACUACAUCCGGCGGCAGGACCUUAAGGGCUUCAUGUGGCUGGACGCCAAGUACCUGAACCCCUUCUUCACGCGGAGGCUGACACAAGAGGACCUUCACCACGGGCGCAUCCAGAUGAAGAGCCUCACCAACAAGUGGUAUGAGGAGGUGCGCCAGGGCCCGUCGGGCUCCGAGGACGACGAGCAGGAGCUGUUCUGACCCGCACGGCGCCCAGGAUGGGCCUCGCUGCCCACAGACACCCCGUGUGGCCCUGGAAGUACUUGCACCUGGCAGCUCUGCAGGACAUGAGACAUGGAGUGAGGUGCAGCCAGAAUCCUCCAGGCUUCAGAAACACUCCUCUCCCCACUCCUCACCGAGCAGGGCCUCGACCCAGCGUGGCUUCUCACCCACAGAGUGGAAUGGUCUCCCCACAGGUACUGCUCCCUUCUGCCUCUGCCACCCCCUGCCUCCUGCAGAGAGCUGCCUGCCUGGACAAGGAGUCGGAGCGUGGCCUGCGGGGAACACUGUGCCUGGAGACUGGGUGUCAGGGCCUCAUCACAACCCAGGGGGCUGGCGGGGAGUAGCGCCCAGAAGGCUCGAACUCCUCGCUCCCUCUGGUGUUUGCUGUGCUCCCUGAGAAAGAACAAUUGAGUGACCCUUUUUCUUUACCUCUGAUUGGCACCUCACAGCCUGUCUCCCCGGGCAGGCAGCUGCUGCCCUCUUGGGCAUACUGUGAAUGUUUACACUGGUGCCCACCUCGACGCUGGGCCCUUCUUACAGCCUGGUUGAAAGCUGCAGCCCUGGGGUCUCAGGGUGGGGCCUUGGGCCUCUUCUGCGGGGUCAGAGCGCCCCCUGGAGAGAGAAGCUGGAAAAGUGUCUGUGGCCAGCCAUGGCUGUCUGAAUUCUGUUUCAGUUCUUGCACUUUUACCAAGUCCAGGAGCCUGGUAGCUGCUGCCCCAGCUGUCCCGUCUCCCUCACUGGGUCCCGCUGCUCCACGGUUCUUAUUCAUCCAGUUCGGGGUUCUGUUCUCUUCCUUCCAGUCUCUACCAUCUUGGUUUCUGUCCGUCUCCCUUGCUGGGUGGGCGCCCCACCCAGAGGUACCCAUGCACAGUUCACCCAGUAGGCACCGUCCCAUGGCCCUGGCUCCCCUGCCACCUCGGGAUAAGGAGCUGCCAGCUGCGUCCACGUGAAAUGGAGUUCCUGACCCACACCCGCUUCCCACCUGCCCUUUUCGUAACUGCUGGACUGCGCCCAUCCACAGGUGGUCUGGAGAGCAGAACCCUCAGGCGAUUCAGUUCAUCACGUGCAUGUCAUUGGCUCUCAGUGGGACACUCUGGGCCCAGGUCUUGGGCUGGUAGCAGGUACAUUCCCACAUCUCGUGCCUCAGGCAGUGUGACUGGAUGUCAGAAGAACUGACCUCAGGCCCGCUAGGACUCUUGCCAGGCCCCAGCCCCACUUCUCACCUUGCCCCAGAACUUGCCACAGUCAGGGUGGUGGGGCAAGAAGCAGGUGCUUUGCUCUUCCGCGUGGAAAGGAAGUUUGUACUCCACAGAGCUAAAGCCGGCUUUUCCUUCCUAGGGUCCCACACCGUGACCCCACUGUUCAGGCCAUGCCACUGCCUUGCAUGAUUCUGGUCUCCACCAUUUCUUUUCUGUUGAAGAAGAGGAUACAGAGGGAGGGGACCUUUUUCCUUACCUGAGAGUGGGCAGGGAUCUGAGACCAGUUGUCCCUUUAGCCCAGCCCAGAACUAAUUCCUUUCUCCCCUGAAAUUCAGGGGCUGAUAUCAGAGAUGUAGGUUGUUUUGCAGGCUCAAUAAUUUGCCAAGAUUUUCUUUUUUUAAUCUUAAAUUCAUAGAUUAAGGAAUGAGACGAGAUGGAGUCUUCUCAAUUCAGACUGUUGUCACCAGCUCCAGUGCCCCAGCCACAUUAUGCCUCCCACUUUUUGCUGAGACCUGAGAAUGUCACUGUGGGGAGCAUCUGUGGUUGGUGGAAGGGCCACCAGACUUCGCUGGGGUGAGGGGUGGGGCCUUUUCUGGGCGCCACCAGCGGGGCCUGGGUCUCCUGUGAGCCUUCUCUGCCCCCUUUUGGUGAGUGAGGGUUUAGCAACCUGGGAGAGCAACCCCAAGAGAUGAAGGUGACUUGCUUCACCUUUGUAGUAAGCAGAAGGUGCUGGGGUAUGUUCUUCAGGUGGGGUAUCAUUUGGGGCUGUACCUGUAGAAGAUGUUGAAGUAUCCAGCUUUGCUCUACCAUCCUGCCUGCUUCAGGCCUAGCCCAGGGACAGAGCAGCUGUGGCACUUGGAAGGUAUUAUUUUAGAGUGAGGUGAGGGCCCCCGGGAACACUGGCCCUGUAGCCAGUGAACCAAGACGUGCUGCAUCAGAGCUGCACCCUGGCAGCCCCUCCAUUGCCACCUCUCUUGUGGUUGUGGGACCCCUUGGAAUAACCACACCCUGCGACUUGGGGUGUGAAGUCUUUUUAUAAGGAGAGGCUUCUUUCCUAACUAGCAUUUCCUGAGUUCCCAAGGUGGAAUCAGCUGUGGGCUGGGCCAGGCUGGGAUGGCUCAGUCAUGGGUGGUGCCCAGCCACUCAGCCCAGGACCUGAAGCCCUCCUGUCCCCACCCCAAGCCACCACCCCUUUCACUGUGGGGCUGUUGGUGGGGCCCUGCUGGCCCAGAUUGUGGCAGCCCAGGUCAGCCCAGAGGUCCCGAUGUGCCACAGAUGCCUUUGUGUGGUGGUAUGGCAAGGUGAACAAGUGGGGGGCCCUCGGCAAGACCUGGCCCCCUGAGUCCUGGGUCCCCAUUCUCAUGGACCCACACGUUUGGCAGAGCCCUCUGCCGGGGGUCUGCCGCCAGGGUCCCCUUGGCUUUGCAGGCCAGGGGGCGGCACGGCCCAGGGUGGAGUUGCCCGACUCCAGCUGGAGGGUCUCACAGCUCUGCUGUAGAUCAGGAUUUUUAAAUGCAGAAUAGGUCCCCUCCCAUUCCCUCCAAAAUGCGACCACAGUUUCCCCUGCUGGCUGGAGCAUAGAAGCCAAAUCUGAGAUGUUCCCGACACUGCGGGCAGUUGUUAGUUGUCCUCCCAGGACCCACCUCCAGGGCCCAGGCAGAGAGGUACAGGCUCCCAGAGAAAAAGGAGCCAGCUCCUUCCUGUCCCUGCCGUUUCUCAAAUGCAUGUUCAUGGGCCUCGGAAGGAAGGACUUUCCAAUAUCGCCUGCCCCGUCCCGUUUCCCCGCAGUCCCAGAGGCAGAAGGCACCUUGGCCCUCACCCAGGGCAUGGGCUCCCGCUCUGCAGGCAGGAGCCUGCUGUGAGCCCCGCAGGCCUGUGGGCCAAAGGAAAGAAGCCACUUGCACAUGACAAGGGAGGGACAGUUGGGAGGUCCCAGCUUCCACCAGAGGCUACAGUACCCUCCAGCUGCAGUUCCCACAAGGCCAGCUCUAGUCUCACAGCCAAUAGGAGUCCUGGUUGGGUUUUUUUGUUUUUUUUGUCAUUUUCUCUAAAAAUUAAGGUUUGUUUAAAGUUUUUUUUUUUUUUUUUUUUUU